GGUGGCGCUUUGAUCACUGGAUUUUGGCUCAUGGUCCUAUUUCCUCUUAAAUUAUAUACAGAAAAAGGAAACGCGGAACGUUGAACCGGAUAAGUGAAAAUGUCAUCAUCAAAUAUUUGAGUUUCCUGUGAGUUAAGAACAUGGGAAAAUGUCACAGAUAAAGCUUUUUGUAGGUAAUAUUUAAUCGUUUCUUUUAACGUUGUAAUUAGUGGCUAGGUUAUCAAUUCUGUGUCGUGAAAGAUGAAAUUCAAGAGUACAUAUUGAUUGAUCUAUCAGAAUUAUUUAGUUUCGUUAACAUAAUACACGGCAUGUGAAAAAUUAUCGAUACAUAAUUGUAACCUUAACUUUCUUUAUACAAAAAUCCUUUCAUGUGAAAUAAGGUGUAAUAACACAUUUUAUUCCGAGAAACCUAACCUAUUCAACAAUGAAAUCGGGUACAACGGACAAGCAUACGGGAUCUAUACUCUUGAAAACAGAAGAGAACGAGCAAGUCUUUCAAUUAAUAGGAAAUCGAUGUCAGUGCUUGGCAGCUGGAAUUAUACAGUUAUAUUUAACUGAACCACCUUUUCAUAAAGAAUGGGUAAAAAAGAAUACUGGUAUAAUAACUUUAAUCAGAGAUAAUCCAAGACGUAGUUUUUUCUUGCGAUUAUAUUGUUUACAAAGAAGAGCCAUGUUGUGGGAACACGAAGUUUAUAAUUCUAUGGAUUAUAAAACACCUUUAGUUUAUUUUCAUACUUUUGAAGCUGAAGAGUGCAUGGCAGCAUUCAAUUUUGCAAAUGAAGUUGAAGCUAUCACAUUAAGAGAUAUUCUUCUUGAUAAAUUGAAUGCUAAACGACAAAAAAGGCAAGAAAAGCGAUCAAAAAUGGAAAUGGAAACACAACAUGUGGUAACCUUACCACGAAAAAGCAGAAGUAGCACAUCAUCAUUUGCAUUUACAACCGGUGCUACAUCAAAUACAUUAAAUGGGCAAACUACAGUUGGUGUUAACAGAAGUGCUUCUAGUAGUUCUAUGUAUAAAAGUAAAAAAAAGAAAGGUGACAAAGAUUCAAGAAGAAAAUUGACUAAGGAUGAUAUAAGUUUACCAUCUAAUUUUAGACACAUAGUGCAUAUGGGAUGGAAUGCUGAAAAUAAAGGUCUAGAAUUUGAUGCAGUUAAUCCAGAAUUAAAAAAGUUUUUUGAUAUGGUAGGUGUUUCUGAACACCAAUUGAGAGAUCAAGAAACGCGUGAGUUUAUUUAUAACUUUAUUGAGUCACAUGGUGGCAUGAAUGCUGUUAAAGAAGUUGUUUUACCAUCAACUAAAUCAAGAAACACCAACCAACCUCCUGUAUUACCACAACGUCAAGAAUAUCCUCCACCAGUACCAGCUAGAACAAUAACUACAAGGAGUGCUCCACCAUUACCUCCGACUCGGUUCAAUACCCCAAUUACUUCUCCAAAUACAUCAACUACUGCUCCACCAGUACAUAGAUCAGCACCAUCGCGUCCACCACCACCCUCUGUAACUCCAGCACCUUCUCUACCACCCCCACCACCACCACCCCCACCUUCAUCUGCUCCAACACCUCCCUCAAGAAAUAUCUCAAGUGGUCCAGUUCCACCUCCUCCACCACUGCCUAACAGUAUUGAUAUGGAUAUUGCAAAGGUCAAUGCAAAUACCACAAAUAACAACAAUGAAGAGAUCACUGAUCUCAGGCCAAUGCUAAUGGAGUCUAUUAGAAGCGGCGGUACUACAUUGAGAAAAGUUAGUAAAACAGAAACAAAACCAGCUCCAGUCAAUGAUUCCAGAAGUGAUUUAUUAGAACAAAUUCGUCAAGGAAUAGAAUUAAGGCCUGUUCCUAACGAAGUUAAAGCUACUCCACCACCAGCAUAUCAAGAUGGUUUAGCUAGUGCACUCACCAGAGCUCUAGCAGAGCGAUCUCGUGCAAUUCACAGUGAAAGUGAUGAAUCAACUAGCGAUACAAGUGAAGAUGAUGAUUGGGAUGAUUAAGUCAGACAAAAGUCGUUUUACUGAGAAGAUACAAUAAUAUACUACUGUGAUAAAUAUACUAUUGAUUAACAUUUAGGAGAUUAGGAAUUAUGUAAAUGUGUAUCAUAAAUGACUUUUACUUUGAACAUCCAAAGAAGAAAAAUCAGAUGUUUAAAAACAGGAGCCUUUUAAGUAUAUAUUAGAAUGUAUAAAGGUACAAUUUGGUUUGCAUGGAUAGGGCAGGUAAGGGCAGGCUAAUUUAGAUGUUAUCUUUAAAAUAAUUGGUUUAUUCAAUUAUGAGCAAUAAGAAUAAAAUGCUAUCAAAAUAGGGAAAUAGUGAGCACAUGUGAUAUAAAAUAAAGAUAAACAGGAAGUGGUAUUCAUGAUAAGAAAACUGCUAUUAUUAUACUUCUUUUGACAUGGCAGUUGUGCCUAAAAAGAUAUUCUCUCGUUUAUCUCUUGUUGUUAAAAGUUAGUACAAAGUUUAUAUAUGACUACAUAUACAUACACUUUUUUGAUGUUACCAUGUAUUCCUAUAUAUUCCUUUUCUACCCUUUAUAUAUAUAUGUAUAUAUAUAUAUAUAUAUAUAUAUAUAUAUAUAUAUAUAUAUAUUUAAUAUAUAUAUGAUAGAAAUUUAUCCAAUUAUCAAUAAAAGAUUUCAUAUCUUCUGUAGCCUUAGAAAAAACAAAAUGAAAAUGAUUAUCAUAAAAAAAACAAUCAAUAAACAUUAAUAGCAAUUCUUUUAUUUGAGAAUAUAUUUUUUCAAACAAUAAUUUUUCACUUAAUUUAGGUAUACGAAUUUUCUACUUUUAUUUCUAUUAUUAUUCCCUAUAUUAUCAUUGCUAAAUUUAUUGUAAAAAGCCUAAAAGCCUUAAUUUGCCCUUUCUAAUUCUUAUAGCAUUAAUUUCAUAUUCAUGAAACUACAUAGUUGAGGUCUUUUGAUAUAUUUGUACAUUAAUAUAGAAACAAAUUACGAAUGUAUAUGUGUGCUAACAUACACAUGUGAAGAUAUAAAAAUUAAAAAAAUUUGGAAUAAUGCAAUAAAAAUAUUGCUCCAUUAUAUGAUUUUCAUAUAAUUACAAAGAUAUAGUAUCAAGCUUAUGAAAGAAUCUUAAGAUAUAUACCUGCUUACAAUAAUACUGUAACUACACAAUAUUUUGCGUAUAUGACUUAGGUUUAAUAAUCAUGGACAUCUAAUACUAAUGAAAUAUGAUCAACAGGAUGAUACGAAGCAGAAGGUAUGCUUUACCACUACGGAGAAAUCCUAGUCAGAAAUGAAAAAACCUGUUACUGAUUAUUGUAUUAUGUUAUAUAUUAUGCAAUAUGAGAUAUAUAAUGUAUUUUCUUUUUCUUUUAUUCACACUUUCUGGCUAAAUCCCAGUGUUAUCUAAAAAUAUUAUCAUAUGCAUGAAUAGAAAAAAUAUACUACUUGUUAGUACAAUAUAAGUGUAUUAUAAAUAAUGUUUUACUAAACGUUCUUUAAUAAAUGAAAUAAAUACGGUUAUGUGUUUCAGAAAGAUUUCACUUGCGCACAUAAAAGUCACAUGUAUAGAUACUGAUAGUAAUUAAUACAAAGACUAUGUAAAUAAGCUGUUUUUUUCUCAUAUAUAUAUAUUUUUUUUAACAUGGUAAAAAAAAAAAAAAAUUGAAAAAAAAAAGAAACAGGAAUUUUUCGUUGAUGGUAUAUUCAUUUAAAAAUUUUCUGAGUUAUCAAGCUUUAUACUAUCACUAAUUUUUACAGGAGAUUGUACAAAUAUCAUCAAAUCUGAAAAUUCUAGAUUAUUUAUUUCGUAGUAAUAAUAUUAUAAAUUAAGCGAUGAUUUAGUAACAGUAUAUAACUUUUAUUUUUAAUAAUAUUUAUGACUUAACAUAUCAAUGAUGAUAUGCCUUAAAUCAAAAGUAUUUAAUUGAAUAUAUUGUUAUUAAAGAUUGCAACAUGAACCAGUGUAGCGAUUACUGUGAAAUUCGUGCUAUUGCGAGAAAAUGAUACGAGGGAAUAGAGAAAGAAAGAAAUAGAGAAUUCAUUACCACAUUAAUUGAACUUAAUAAAUUACGUAUUUUCCAAAAGUGAUAAAGGAAAUGAUACACGAAAAGAUACUAUAUUAUAUAUAUAUGUAUUUAUAUAAUUCCUCAUAUAAAUAUUGUAUUAGGUGUUACAAAUAAUUUAGUAAAAAAUAUAUCUUCUAUAAGCAAGAUAAAUUAAUUACUUCAUAUAUUUGCUUUUUUAGUAUUGAAAAUAAUGUAUGUUUAAUAUUACUCCAUAUUAUAUUAAAAUGUAUAGUUUAACUAUAAGCGCAAUGUAAUCAACAAUAAUGUAAUGUUGACACGCGACAAAGCUCUUAAGGUACAAUAAUGAGUCUUUUUUUAAUAUUAUUGAUUAAUAUGAGAAAAAGAAUUUUUUUUUUUAUGUUUAAAAUAAUCCUUUUGUCGUAUUACGAUGAAAUAGAUUUUAAUAGAAUCUUCACAUUAAAAAGUUAUUACGAUUAAAUAAUAUGAAUAUACAAUUAUAUUUAUGAAUUAUUCUUCAACAAUGAAAUAUAUAUUUGUAUUUUUAGUAUCUCAUAUUUAAAGUUGGGUAUAAAAUAAUAAAUACAUUAAGACAUAUUUGUUGUUUCGUGUUUACAAAAAUGUUCUGUAUUUUUUUUAUAAAAAUUACUGUGAAAAAUUAUUUUUAACUUUUUACUAUUAAUAGACUAUGCACUUAAAAAAUUCUUUAAAAGAAAAAGUAUUAGAUAAGUGAUAUUGUUAUUUAUCUAAGUAGUUAAUUUCAAUGAAAUUGUUCAUGCGCCCAAAUAGAUUAGUUGCACUCUUAAAGGGAAAAAAGAAAAAGAAAAUAAAAAACGACGUACGAAUAUGACACGUAAAUGAGAAUAAAUUAUUCGUUUUACUGUUAUAUUUUGAAUGAAUAAAUGUAAUGUUAAAAAUUAGA